GAGGAGUAAAUUCUUGUGAAUACAAUCUUCAGUCAACUUCCUCAUAUUAUACAUUUGCUUACAUAGUUUCUUUCUACUCCCGCGUUUAAAAAGUUGAACUUGUUCUGCCUUGGUCUUGUGUAUCGUGUUGUGGGUUGGCGUACGGCGUUUACGGCCUUGGCCGAAUUAUAAUGACUGGUUGAGUCCCUCUCCACGACGCCUCUCACUCCAUCUCUCUGCAGGGCCUAUCUAAAGUCUCUCUCACUCCCACUUCGCAUCUAGUAGAGCGCACACUUGGUACGAAACAACUGCUCUACCGUUUGUUGUGAGCCUGCUGAUAAUGACAUUGAUAACUGGUUUUCUCAUAAAAAAUGUUCAAUUUUACUUCCUUUCGGAAAUGCUGGAGGAAGUUGAUUGUAGUUCACUUAUUGUUGUAGUGUUGCGUAUUCAAGCGAGCCACAGUUUUCUUCCUUCCUCAAGCCAAGGCAUCUUCAAAUCUACGAAUUACGCGAGCAAAGCUGAUAGUAAACAAAGGAUCCUUAUCACACGUAUGAGAAGAGUUCCCAGAUUGAACCGAGCUCACUGUUUGGAGCACUCUUCUCCGAUGUAAGGUCAGGCCGGCUUGACUGAGGACAAGGAGUCAUUCGAUGAAAGGGGCAACAAUGCCGGCCGAUGGACUGGACUUUGUGACGUUUCUGCCGAUUGAAGUGAUCGAGCUGAUCGUGUCGUACUGGCUGCAGAAGAACUGGCGAUCUGGCCAGUUUAAAACCAACCACCACCUCAUCGAAGGAGACGAUUGCCUCAAGGUCGGUCUCAACAGAGAGUACGUUGUCCUCUGCCACGUUUUCAGCACACAAAUCUGGAAAUUCUCUCCCAAACCGAGCCUACUACAAGAGAUCUGUUGCGGUGACUUCCAUUUUCAAACAAACGUCAGUGAUCGCAGCUUAGUUAUCAGAUUACGUCGAUCGUUCCACUUGUACUACCAACAUAAAAGUGAUGGACGAUAUAGUUUAGUGAAGGUCCUGUCGCAGGACAAGUGCAGUGCCGACUUUGAUAGCGACUUGGAUCUUGAGUCAGCGACAACUUACUGUGGCUGCAAUCGGUUGGUGGUCAUUCAGAGGGCAAAGAAAGAGCACUCCAUUGCAAUGUGGCACCUUGACAGUGGCAACAAGAUCUGCUGCAUCAGUAUGGAUGCUCAUGUCAAGCACAUCCUGAAAGCAAUCAUAUCAUCGAAUAGACUCUACCUUGUAGUGGUUGUAGAUAAUGAAUACCAUUUAAAAAUAUAUGACUUUUUAAAAAAUAUUUGGAUUCAUCAACUAGUCGUUUUCAAAAAUAUAGCUUUCGGUGUAGUUCCACCUGAAAUACAAGUGAACGAUAAACUGAUUGUAUGUUUUAGUGCAGUAGACAUAAACCGUGAUCUGUGCUACGGUUAUUCUCCAAUGAAGGUCUGGGAUUAUAAUGGAAAAUUCCUAACAUCUGUGAUACUCAACUCAGGGCGUGUCGACUAUUUCGCAUUCUGUCUAGUGGACCAAUUUGUCAUCUACAGAUCUUCAGAGAACGUUGUCAAAGUAUGGAAUCCGAAAGAUGAUAAAGAAAUUUGUGAGCUACCUGUGGAAAAAGAAAUAUGCAAAAUUGAUAGGUCGGUUGGGAGUCUAGUAGUGUUUUCUUAUGAGAAGUUUUUUGAUGUUUGGGAUUGGAAACGGAAAACGAAAUUAUACCGUGCAAAGACUGAAUAUGAGAAUUAUGAUUCACUCAUUCACAAUAGGAUUGAGAUAAAUGCGUACCAUUAUACCAAACAGAGUAGAAACAAAAAAUGUUUCAGUGUUUUUAGCUUUUAUGAUCAGGAUUUAUCUAAUUCCAAUAAUUUUCUAAUUCCUUAUAAUAAAGGAGCCUUGAAAUAUGAACGCUAAACCAGAGUGAGAGGUUUUUUAUCAUCACAGCUCCCUCUAAAGAGUUUUGUUAAAAAAAUAUUCCCUGAUUAUUUUUUUGAUUUUCUACACUCAAUUAUAUAUGAUUUGAGUGAUCUUUUGCUAUAGAUUUUCUUACAGGAAAUUCACUAAAGUUGGGGUACCGGUAAUACACAUCCGUUUUCCAAAAAGUGUGGUAGCCUUUUUUAGAUAGUGCUAUUGCCU